AACACAACACAACACAACACAAACAAAUAAUCCUUAUCCUCUUCUCUCUCUCUCUCUCUCUCUCUCUCUCUCAUAUAUUGUGAAAUGCACUCUCAGAUCUAACAGUAUAGCUUUGCCUCACUUUGUGUGUGUGUCACUUUGGAAACUCUCUCUCUCUGAGCUUUGAAAACCAAAAAAAAAAAAAAAAAAAUGUGUUUGUGUUUGUGUUGUGUUGUGUUUAUUUUUUUAAUUUUAAUUUUUUACAUGAAGAUGAUGAUGGGUAGUUCGUUCCCUGAAGAAGUGUUGGAACACGUGUUCUCAUUCAUAGAGAGAGACAGAGACAGGAACGCGAUCUCGACCGUGUGUCAAUCGUGGUACGAGAUCGAACGUUGGAGCCGGAGGAGAGUGUUCGUGGGCAACUGCUACGCUGUCAGCCCCGUGAUCUUGAUCAAACGGUUCCCGGACGUGAGGUGUUUGGAGCUCAAAGGUAAGCCACACUUCGCUGAUUUCAACCUCGUACCCGAAGGUUGGGGCGCCUACGUGGACCCGUGGAUCGAGGCGGCUUCCAAGGCUUAUCCUGGGCUCGAAGAGAUUCGGUUGAAGCGCAUGGUCAUCUCGGACGACACCUUGAAACUCAUUUCUAAGUCGUUCAAGAACUUUAAGGUUCUUGUGCUUUCUUCUUGUGAAGGUUUUUCGACUAAAGGACUUGCUGCCAUUGCUGCUGAUUGCAGGAAUUUGAGAGAGCUGGACUUGAGGGAGAGUGAAGUGGAGGACUUGAAUCAGUCUAGUGGACAUUGGCUCAGCCGUUUUCCUGAUAACUACACCUCACUGGUGUCCCUUAACAUUGCCUGUUUGAACUCUGAGGUGAGCUUCACAGCCUUGGAAUGCCUGGUGGGUAGGUGCCCCAACCUGAGGACUCUUCGGCUCAAUCGUGCCGUGCCCUUUGACAGGCUUGCAAUCCUACUUCGUCGGGCACCUCAGUUGGUUGAGUUAGGCACUGGGGAAGCGUCUGACUUGCGACCAGAUGUUUUCUCACCACCGGAUGUUUUCUCGAACCUAUUGGGGGCAUUCUCUGGGUGCAAAGAACUUAAGAGCCUGUCUGGUUUUUGGGAUGUAGCCCCGGGUUAUCUUCCAGUUGUUUAUCCUAUCUGUCCUAGGUUAACGUCGUUGAACUUGAGCUAUGCAGCCACUAUCCAAAGUUCUGAUCUUAUCAAGCUAGCUAGCCAAUGUCAGAAUUUGCAGAAAUUAUGGGUGCUGGAUUACAUUGAAGACUUGGGCCUAGAAGAACUUGCAGCAUCUUGCAAGGAUCUGCGAGAAUUGAGGGUAUUUCCGUCAGAGCCAUUUGGUGCAGAACCAAAUGUAUUGUUGACAGAACAGGGACUUGUCUCUGUUUCUGAAGGCUGCCCAAAGCUGCAUUCAGUUCUGUACUUCUGCCGUCAAAUGUCUAAUGAGGCCUUAAGGACCAUUGCCAGGAAUCGACCUAACAUGACAAGGUUUCGUCUUUGUAUUAUUGAGCCACGGACUCCUGAUUACCUUACCCUUGAACCACUUGAUGUGGGAUUUGGAGCCAUUGUUGAGCACUGCAAGGAUCUAAGGCGGCUUUCCCUUUCUGGUCUUCUUACUGAUCGAGUGUUUAAGUACAUUGGGACUUAUGGCAAAAAAUUAGAGAUGCUGUCUGUGGCUUUUGCUGGAGAUAGUGAUCUGGGGCUCCAUCAUGUACUCUCUGGUUGUGAAAACCUUAGAAAACUUGAGAUUAGGGACUGCCCCUUUGGUGACAAGGCUCUUUUGGCCAAUGCUGCAAAGCUGGAGACAAUGCGAUCCCUUUGGAUGUCUUCUUGCUCUGUGAGUUUCGGAGCAUGUAAGCUGCUAGGUCAGAAGAUGCCGAUGCUUAAUGUUGAGGUUAUUGACGAGAGGGGCCCCCCAGAUUCAAGACCAGAAAGCUGUCCAGUUGAGAAGCUCUACAUAUAUAGGACUGUCUCUGGACCAAGGUUUGACAUGCCUGGUUUUGUUUGGACAAAGGAUAAAGAUUCUGCAUUGGGGCUUUCCUGACUGCUAUCCCCAUGUGUUAUGCCCCUUAAAUCAAACCCCAGGUGUGUGCAUGGGUAUAGCAGGUAUAUGGUCUAUAUGGUACAUUGGUACUAAAUUUUUUUUUGGUUUCUCACAUUGUUUUCUUAAGGCUUUCAACCAAAGACUAAUCAUUGUUCGUGCUGGGUGGGUCCACGUAGGGGUAAAGCACUGGCCCGGGAAAUUCUUUUCAAAGGGCAGGUAGCAGGACUCGAACUAGGGAGCACACCUAGUCGAGCCCAGUACAAGCACUUUGAGACCAAGAGCCCAACCAACUCGGCCAACCCCUUGGGUUGGUACUAAAUUUUUUCGCAUUUACUUUUAUGUAGUUUAAUAUAAUUGCAGCCCUGAUUGGAGUGGGAGCAAGGUUGGGAAGGGUAUACAGUGGAUCAAGAGCUCGAUUGCCACUCAUUUUACACUUGGCUGAGCUAUGGGAUACCAAUUAGUGAUUAAUAAGAGGAGUUAAAACUCUUGUUGUUGUAUGUGUAUCAAAAAGAGUUGUAAUUUUAUUCGGCAGGAAGCAUGUAUACUAUUUGCAGACUUCUGCAUGUUUAUGCAUUCAUAUUUCCUUGUUUUCAUCAGGAAUUAUUAUCUUUUGGACUCAGUUGUGUCGGUGUUACCUACUGAAGGAAUAAGAUUUCAUGUUCUAAUACAUUUCUGUAA